AUGGCUGCCGUUAAAGGACCCGUCGUGGCGACGACGCCUCUUCCCCUGUCGCAUGGAAAUGCCCAUGUGUAUAGUCCUCCGGCCUCUGAGCAUAGUCCGACGGAGACGACGGCGACGAAACCAACGCCCGAGAGCCGACCGGCCUUUGAGAUCGAGGAGCAUCCCAUUGACCAAGUGCGACCGAUCAAAGUCGGCGUAAUUGGUGCGGGUCUGGCUGGUGUCAAUGCCGGGAUUCUGCUUCCUGCCAAGUUGCCUGGGCUGGACUUGAGGAUAUACGAUAAGAAUGCAGAUGUGGGCGGCACCUGGUUCGAGAACACCUACCCCGGGGUUCGAUGCGACAUUCCAGCCCACGUCUAUCAGUCUGGCUUCUCGCCCAACACGCAGUGGACGGAGGAGUUCGCUCAGGGCGCGGAGAUCCGCAACUACUGGCAGAGCGUGGCGCGCAAGUACGAUGUCUACAAAUAUCUGCGCUUUCAGCAACAAGUCGAGAAGGCCGAGUGGAUUCCCCAGCUGGGCAAAUGGCGUGUUACCCUGCAGGAUCUGAAGGAGAACAAGACCUACGUAGAGGAGCUGGACGUGGUCAUCAACGCGAUCGGCCACUUUAAUGCCUGGCAACUGCCCAACUACGAAGGCAUCGGCCAGUUCCAAGGACCCCUGUUCCAUUCCUCCCAUUGGCAACACGACGUCGAGUUGACCGGCAAGCGCAUUGCCCUCAUUGGCAACGGUGCCUCCGGUCUACAGGUCCUGCCAUCGAUCCAGCCCAUCGCCGAGCAUGUCGACCAUUACGCACGCAACCGCACCUGGGUGGCCGACUCUUUCGGCACCACUGGCGUGCGCCGUCUGGAACCCAAUCUGUUCACCCCCGAGCAGCUGGAGUCCUUCAAGGACCCGGAGAAAUACAUCGAAUACCGCAAGUCGAUCGAGCAGGGGUACUUCUCCCGCUUUGGGGCCGUGUUCAAGAACUCGGAGGAGAACCAGGAGCUUCGCGACAAGUGGACGCAGUUGAUGCUGGGACGCAUUGGCGACAAGCCCGAGCUGGGAGAUAAGCUUAUUCCAGAAUUCCCACCGAACUGUCGCCGUGCCACGCCGGGUCCGGGCUAUCUUGAGGCCUUGACCAAGCCCAAUGUGAGCUACAUCCAAACACCCAUCCAGAAGUUCACUCCCACGGGAAUCGUGACUGCCGACGGCGAAGAGCGACCGGUGGACGUGGUGAUCUGUGCUACCGGCGCCAAUGUUGACCACGCGCCUCCCUUCUCUGUGAUUGCCGAUGGCAUCGACCUUAAGACGGCGUGGAAGCACGACGGCCUCUGGGGGUUCCCUUACAACUACCUCGGCGUCGCCACUCCCGGCUUCCCCAAUCUGCUCUGGAUCGGAGGUCCUCAUUCCACAGGCCACGGUGGUAGCGUGCCCAACAGCCUGGAGAACCAGAUUACCUACAUCGCGAAGAUCGUGCGCAAGAUCCGCAGCCAGGGAAUCAAGGCCCUGGCACCCUCGAAAGCGGCGGCCGACGACUUCGUGGAAUACUGCGACACCUUCUAUCCGCGCACCGUGUGGACUGGCAACGAUGACUCGACUCCUGGCCAGAAGAACUGCCGGUCGUGGUAUAAUGGUGGACGUCCCGGAGGCCGAAUUCACGGAUUGUUCCCUGGUAGCGCCGCUAGUUUGAACUACUUGCGCCGAGACCCGCGCUGGGAGGACUGGGAGUACGAGUACACCAACCCCAGCGGUAACCGAUUUGCGUACUUUGGAAAUGGAUGGCGCACGCGAGAGAAGACGAAGGAUGCGGACUUGACGCCGCACGUUGUCCGACCGGAGACCGUUGAUUUGAGAUCCUACAUGGAGGGCUGGUGGGAUGUGUAG